ACUAGGUGGACUACAGUUGCCAUCAGCCUCGUUCGUCAGUCCAGCGGAAUUAUUCACAAUUUAAUAUAUGAUCGAAUCUCCGUGUGAUUUUUACGAGUGAAAUUUUCAGUUGAUUUUAUCAUUUUUCAUAGAGGGAUGAGGGAAUGUUUACUGCCAAUUCUACUUGCUGUUAUCAUUGCAUCAACACCUGGAGAAGGCGACGUUGUAUCAUUCACCACAGUAAAAACAUGGGCGCACAAACUCGGCUUCGAGCUGUCACAGCUUGGAAAAUACGUGAUAAACGUGCAAAAGUUCGAGGACAGCUACAAAACAGCCCAGGUAAUACCCCGAGAUGGUAACGCCCUGGUCCAUGAGAUCGCCAAGGAUAUCAAGGCUAUGAUGGAGUCGAAGAUGUCGGCAAUCAGGAGAAUAAUGGAUAUUGCCGAGACAGUGGCCCUCGAUGACGAGCAAUUGGACGUUAAUUAUACGUACACUAACGCGAAAAACGUCUCCCAGGAGCUCCAGUACAGUGUGCACUUUGGUGGUGAUGUCAACACGUCGAUGUCAUCGGUGCACGUGCCAACGAAUGUCUACGACCGUGCACCAGCUGUGAUAAAAGCUAUAAAGUGGUCAGCCCGCCUGGACGACACCUUCAUCAACAAUUACAAACACGAUCCAACGCUGUCAUGGCAGUAUUUUGGCAGUGCAACGGGUUUUAUGCGUCAAUUUCCAGCGACAAUCUGGAAUCCCAAACCAGUGGAUUUGUUUGACUGCAGGACCAGGGGAUGGUACAUCGAGGCAGCCAACAGUCCCAAGGACGUGUUAAUCCUGGUGGACACAUCUGGGAGUAUGACGGGUGUACGCAAGGAAAUAGCAAGGCACGUUGUCAAUAAUAUCCUGGACACCCUCGGUAAUAAUGACUUCGUCAACAUCAUCACGUUCUCGAAUGAGACCCGUGAGGUCGUUCCUUGUUUCAAUGACACCCUAGUGCAGGCGAAUCUCGGGAAUAUCAGGGAGCUCAAGGAAGCUAUCGCUGAACUCUCGACGGAGCGGAUUGCGGAUUUCGAAAUGGUUCUCGUUUACGCUUUUCAGCUUCUCGCGAGGUUCAGGAAUGAGACACGGGGUGCAAUGUGCAAUCAAGCUAUCAUGCUUAUCACUGAUGGGGUGCCUUACAAUUACAAGGACAUCUUCAGGGAGUAUAACUGGGGUGGUAGCUCAGAUGAACCUGAUAAAUACGAUAUGCCUGUCAGGGUGUUCACUUAUCUCAUUGGCAGGGAAGUCACUGAUGUCAGGGAGGUCCAGUGGAUGGCCUGCGCCAAUCGGGGAUAUUAUGUGCAUUUGUCGACAUUUGCGGAGGUCAGGGAACAGGUGUUGAAUUAUGUGCCGGUGAUGGCGCGUCCUCUUGUUCUGGGGAAACACGAUCAUCCCACCAUCUGGACACCAGUCUAUGCCGACAUCACAGAUCCAAAAAUGGCUGAUUGGCUGUGGGAGCAGAAGGAGUGCGAGGACCAGAAGGAGAGGGUCCUCGAAUUCCGGAGGAACAGGCGAUUGUACAUGUCCAAUUAUCAGAGGGACAGAAAAUUAAUGCACAAACCUAAAAGACAUCACGGUCUCCACGACGAGAUGCAGGAGUAUCAGCUGAUGACAUCAGUCAGUAUGCCGGUGUAUGAUAGAAGGGAGAAUGCGAACAUAACUGAGCAAGUGCUGAUCAAGGAGGCGUACUGGGUGUCCCAGACACGAGAGACGAGAAUUGCUGAUUUAUUGGGAGUCGCUGGAACCGAUGUACCCAUUCAGGAGAUACAGAAAUUAAUGUUACCCUAUAAGUUGGGCGUGAAUGGUUAUGCCUUUAUUGUCACCAAUAACGGCUACAUUCUAAUUCAUCCUGACCUCAGACCAGUUUUCCAGGGAAUAUUAAAACCCUCGUAUAAUGCCGUCGACAUGGCAGAAGUCGAGCUCUUGGAACUCGGAGGACCACGUGACUUUGACGCUAUGAUUCUCGGGUUUCGAGAGCGAGUUAUCAAUCAAGAGAACGGUACCGUGAACCUCAACACGAAAUAUCAUUACGAUGAUAUGAGAAGAGUUGGUCGGGCCAAGAGAAAAUACGAUUUCACUGGAAUCGAUAAAACGCCCUUUACAGUGGUGGUGAGUUUGCCAUUGUAUGAUAACGAUAAUUAUCGUGUUCACGCCACCGAGGAGCUGCACAGAGCCCACGUCAAUGGUAAAAAUGCGACAGACUACUUUGCGGACAGUAACUGGCUGGUGCAUCCUGAUUGGACAUAUUGCAAAUAUCAUUAUAAGGACGAGCACAGGUUUGAGACGCCCGAAAAAUUGUUUUUACAUUUUCUGGAGCGUACACGUCUGCCAGGAUGGUUCUGGAGUGAUAAAAAAUUACCCUCCCAACCACCUGAGUUGUCUGUCACGAAUUCCGGAGGUAGUGGAUCACAUUCGAGCUCAUCAUCAGGAAAAGACUCGUUCUACUGUGACCGCUAUCUAUUCCAAAGUCUGGUCCACGAUGCAAAGGUAACCGGGUGGUUUGCAAACAUCAACACCACACGCGAGGAGAAAGGACCUUUAGCUAGGCUGAUGAAUCGCCUGCCCAGGAAAGAGUUUCAACAUCGGUUUGAGUUGGUUCUCGCUUUUAUGGCGACACACAGUGGUCUCACGAGAUGGCAGGACCUCGCCCAGGAGGAGACAAUGGACCCCCUGUUACCUGAUGAGCACUUCGGCAGGAUUUAUCCCAGAGCGAUCGACGAAAUUUGGUAUAAACGAGCUGUGGAGCAACAUUAUGUUCAGCCAGACAGCUUUGUCUUCUCAAUUCCACCUGAUGAGAUUGCAGAUAAUUUGACACUGGUGACAGCCAGUCGGGCGAUAUUCACCGGAGGCAACGGAAAGGGAAAGGCACCUGCUGCAGUUGUCGGCUUUCAAUUCAAGCACACAGCCCUUCAAUCCAUCUUCCAGAAUAUAACGUUCAACUGCGAAGGGGCAUCCAACUGCAGCCAUCACUGCAACGACUCCUCACUCGAGUGCUAUCUUGUCGACAAUAAUGCCUUUAUUCUCGCUUCGUCGGAUGAGUCUGACGCUGGACGAUUUUUCGGUGAGGUCAGGGGUCCUGUACUCAUGAGCAUGGUGAGCGAGGGCAUCUACGAGAAAAUCACAAUCUUCGAUUAUCAGGGGGUGUGCUUCAUGUCUCGUCAGACCGCAAAUGAUGGAAGCAUUCUUCUCACUCCUUGGAUUACCCUGAAGAGAACUCUCUCCUGGUUAUUUGCCCAGGUCGUUUACACAUGGGCGAAAUUCGGUCUCUGGGAAACGGAUUACGCCUUCGCUCAGGAGUACGACCACGAUGAGCACCUGGAGAAUGGUGACACGUUGCCACCGGAGGGCAGUAAGCCCCCGGCUUUUGAUCCUCGGGUGGUCAUCAACCGAACAAAACCGACUCCCUGCGACCAAGAAGUCGAUCUCUACCUUCUUCGAAAUACCUCGUCCCAGGUGUACGACGUGUCCUUCAACUCCAGCAAGGGCUGUGACAGGCCCUACGUCGUCCAGCCCGUUGAUUUCAGUAACAUGUUACUCGUCGUCGUUUACGUGGAUUGUCCUGGCACUGCUGACUUCAAGAUCACUGUUAUUCCUGAAGAGAUAAAUUAUCCAAAUGCCUCCCUGGCCUGUCAGAAGGCUAGUGACAGCCUCAAGAGGAGGCGCCCCAGCUCCUGCAUCAGGAGUCAUCCCAGAGAGAGUGAAAUUAAGGACAGAUGUGGCAGGGCCACCAGUGUCCAACUUAAUUCAAUCCUUUUUCUACUAAUUGCUCUGUCCACUCUCAUGGCAAUUCGUUAUUAAUUUCUCCAUUGGAGUUGGUAGGCGGUAAUUGCAUCAACGACUGAUAAUACAUUACGAUAUGUUCAGAGCUGAUGUCAAAAUUAUUGAUGAUUGUUUUGGGAAUGGUGCAAUUUUCCUGCACAGUGCAUGUGUACUAGUAUUAAGAACGAAAAUUCACGGCGAAAAAAAAAUUCAUGAAAAACCCCACGAUUUCUUCAUGAUCAAAAAAAUGAAAAUUAAAUAAAAUCAAUAGAAAGUCUAAUGGAAUUGUUUACCGAAUUCGCUGGAUUUUUCUAUGAAUUUUUCGUACGUGUUAAUUAAUCGUGCCGAUAAUUUUGAAAUUUGUCAUUAAUGUUCAAUUUUGAAGUUUGAAAAUGAAAUUCGAGGCAGCCCUGAAUACAUCAGAAACCUGAAAUAAUCGAAUAUAUGAAAAUAAUGGACCACUUGUGCAUGAGAGAUUUAAUUACCGGAGUAAUGUACAGGAUUUAAAAUCUGAUAUCGAUAGAUGAAUUCCCCAUAAUCUUCAACCAUUUGUACAUUCAUUAUCUGUACGUUAUUUAAUUUAGCGACCAGCUAGAUUCAAAUCUUAGAUAGAAUUUUAUAGAAAUUGAGAGACUAAAAUUAAAAUUACGUUCUCACGUUCACAAUUCCGCUUUGUAAAUUCAUCUGUUCAACAUCCACUAUAUCGAGUAAAAUUAAUUAACAUUAAUUUUGUAAAUUGAUGUAAUAUAAUAAUGGGAUGAUGAAGUGUAAAGAUUGUGUGCCUUUCGUUGAAUUGUACGGCACGCGGUUAUAAACUUAAAUCUUGUUGUAUGUUUUUCAAAUAAAUUAUGGAAUCCUACUGUUCCAAA